CUCUCACAUCCAACGUCUUUCAUCCCCCAAACCAUCAGAAUGUCUGCCUUCACCUCGUCCCUGCGCCCUCUCAUGCGCGCUUCCCACGGCGCUGCUUCGUCCGCGCGCUCUUUCAGCAGCUCCUCGUCGCGUUCCGUGUCCCGUAUGAUCCUCACCGGCCGUCUCGCGGCCGAGCCCGAGCUGCAAGCCACUUCGACCGGUCAGGACAUCAUCAAAUAUGCGGUGGGCACCUCUCACGGUAACCGGGACAAUCGCCAGACGAGCUGGUUCCGCAUUGCCAGCUUCACGCCCGAAGGGCCGCAGCGGGAUUACCUCCUAAGUUUGCCGAAGGGUACCCUAGUCUACGUCGAAGGCGACGUAAGCAUGCGUUCGUACGAAGAUGCCGAGGGCAAGAAGCAUUCGGGCCUAAACAUCGUUCAACGAUCUCUCGAAGUUCUCAAGCGUGCCGGCUCCGAUAACUCCAACUCGUCGGCUUAGGCUUUCGUGAAUCGAUUGAUAUGCGCAGGAAAAUCUUAUAAUAUGGGACGGUGAUAGGAGGCGUCGGCUGUUCAGGUUCAUUGGCUUGUUUUGUCUCUAUUCUUUCUCUGGACUUGAUAUUUGCCCGGUCAAAGCCGGCUGUUGGCCUUCCGUGUGUCCCAUUCGUCGUCGGCCAUGCCGGUGGCCGCAUGUAUUAUAGUUUCUGUAGUUUUUGUUGAUGUUGUCGCUCUAAGUAUACCCUCGAAUGAUCAUCCUGUCGUCCUGUGGGUCGCUGCUCUGUUGUGCGUU